AUGAAACCUAUCAAAUAUUACUUAAUUUUCUUUUAUUUAUACACUAUGUUGCUUACUUUUAUCGAUGGAUUGGGUGACAUGACUGAAAAAGAAAACAAGCUGUCCAUAAUUUUCGUUGGUGAUAUAAAUUUCAACGGUUGUGUAAAGUACUACGUGAAGCAUGGCUUCAAUACAUACAACGAUACGUUGGCCGAAGUUGCAGAUGUUAUCAGAGAAGCAGAUAUUGCUGUAGGAAAUCUUGAAUCUUCUCUAACUACGAAAUCAAUGACAUCCAAACGCGUCACAGACAAAAGAUUACUAAUUGAUGCUGAUCCCAGGAGUGUGGAAGCAUUAAAUUUUGCAGGUUUUGAUAUAAUGAGCGUUGCCAAUAAUCAUUUUAACGACUACGGUGUUAAACCCGUUAAUCUGACGAUCGACUCUCUAGCAAAAGUUGGAAUAGAAAGCAUGGGUUUUAAUUUUGGUGGCGUCUACAUACCCCAGAGGCCCAUCAUUUUCAAUGUAAAGAAGAUAAGAGUCGGCUUUCUUGGGUAUUGCUAUCUCAUGCGCAAAAAGGGAGAAUAUUGUUCACGUUUAAGAAAAAGAUUUAAUCUUAACGCCGGACCGGUGUCUUUUACCGAUGAUGUAGCAAAGCAAGAUGUUCAAAAAUUGAAGGAAAAAGUGGAUGUAAUAAUAGUUUACAUGCAUUGGGGAAAAGAAUAUAAAACAGUUAGGCAAGAAGAUCAGAAGCGCGUUGCCAAUUAUCUUCAUUCGCUGGGAGUGUCAGCGGUAAUAGGCGCACAUCCCCAUGUCAUACAGGGUCACGUGAAGAGAAAUUAUCAAUUAACCGUAUACAGUUUGGGCAACUUUUUGUUUCCACAACAUGGUACCAGAAUGCAUAUAUUUAGAACUGGUCACUCCCAUCAGCUUACUAAAGUUGCAAUCGAUGAAUUCGAAAGAGAUGCUGCGAAAUUAAAGGGACCAACAAGCCUCUCGAGGAUCUUAAGAAUGUAUGUUACAAGGAAUGGAGUGAUUGCUGCGGAUUAUCUUCCAGUAGAAAUCAAGUUUGAUCGAGAAAAGAAACUUCUGCAUCCCACUCUCAGCAACGGCCGACGUUGGAUUGAAGUGUGUUCAAAAGACGAUAAUGCAUGUUUACCAUCUGAUAAAGCAAAAGAACACAAAGAUAAUUGAUUUUGGAACUUAGAACAAGGAUGAGAAAAGUGCCUCUUCCGAACUGAUUGAUGCUGAGAAUGAAAAUUGGUGAAUUUAGAAGUGCAAUUAUAGUUUAAAAGUGCAACAAGACGCCGAUCAGGUGUUCACUCGAGCCACACGAGAACAGUGUUUGGUUCUAUUUGCGUAUUACAAUAGAUGCUAAAUAGCACAUUGAAAUUCACGGCAAUGUAAUCUCACAUGUGGCAAUUUAUUUACACGGGGUUCCAUUAAGCCUGGUUCUCAUAUAGUCGUCCGAGUCCUGCCAAAAUUUCACAGACGACAAGUGCGACUAUAUGAGAACAUUUCAGAGGCGACCGGGAUGACCUCAAUGACUCAAACGACUGAAACGACCAGGGUCGCCUGGAUAGAACUUUGCUCUAUCUGGACGACCGAAACGACCGUUGAGAAAUGCAAGCGACCUUUUUAUGGCGCAAAACGAUUUGAAGAAGCAAAUAACCAGCCAAAAGACUCUGUCUUUGAUAAGCAACAGCCGCCAUUAAAUGUUUCGCGUAAAAACUACUUAAGCAGUCUCUCGGUAGCGCUAGUACGAAUAUAUGAGAAGUACAAUAGCUUGAGUCAUCACAGUCGUUUUUGAAAAACAACGAAAAAACUCGGAACGACUCGGAUGACUCAAGCGACUUAAUGAGAACCAGGCUUUACACGUGUCAUCAGUGACAUUCGCUCGCGAACAUUCAUUCGGUUCAAGGUUUUCGUGUAAGUCACGCGUAAUUUAUGUCAUCUUGCAACAGUACAGGAAAAUCCGAAUUUUAAACAUGGGCUUAAAGUAAUGGGCUUCGGUACCUAAAGUAAUUAUAAUUUAGAAGAGCAAUUAUAUUUUGAAGAGCAAUUAUGAUUUCAAAGUGCAAUACAGGUUUCACGACGAA